CAGCAUACGGCGAGUGCCACUUUUUCGUCUUUGCUGAUAGCAUCGUUUUAUUGCACAUUAUCAUUCAUUCUGCAAAAGCUCUCUCUUUCCAGCUGCAAAAAGGCUCUCCCAUCAAUCCCUGCAUCAAUGUUGAACCUCGGAGCCGAUAAGUCGCAUGCAGGAUGGGACGAGAUCGUGAUUCGACGGGAAGAAUUGUGCGUUGCAAAUCAUCAUCCCAUGUCGAGAUAAGCCACUGCUGUCCAAGAGAAUCAAUUCGACUCUUCCUCGGCAAUGCAAAAAUGAUGGUGAAACGCAAGCACUUGCAGUCAGCUUCCUGUCAACCUCUUAGGCGGUCGCGAAAUAUAUACCUACCUUUCAUUUCGCAAUCUAGCAAUUGCACUUUUGCGCAUUUCGAAAUGAAAAUUACAAGUGUAUCUGCACUCGCGAGCCAUCACAUGCCUCUGAUCGACAAUUGUCCUCGGCAGACUAGGAUGUUCCUGUGCACAAGCUUCCCCGGACAAAUCCCCUCAUUUUGCAAGAAAGGACGUCGAUCCCGUUCCGUUCCUGCAGCAUCCUGGGCCACUCAACGACAUUUCACUUUGCCAUACUCGAUUGGUGCCAUCUCCGAUGCUUGCCUCCGCCAAUCACUGCCACAUCCUCAACUUUGUCCAUUAACAGAAACUUUUCGUCUGGUAUGACUGUCUGACAGGGCCAGGAGGUCCCGGACAUGAUGGCGAAUUUGGAGAUUGCACAAGGAAAUCAUCUGGAGCUGCGGGGUAGCUGGGAUGACGAAGGGAAAUGUGAGGUCAGCGAGAGAGCGGCAUCUUC